GCAUUUCUACCAGUGAAUUCUUCAUUAAAUGUGACACCAACAUCAUCAUUAAAUGUGACAAAUACGACAAUGGGUGAAUUAUGCAGUGUGUCUGGUGAUCCUGUUAAAGAUAUUUUGCAGCAGAUUUUUGGGCACCAAUCGUUUCGAAAGGGGCAAGAAGAAGCCAUAACAACAAUAAUGAAAGGAUUAGAUACUCUCCUUGUUAUGCCUACUGGUGGAGGUAAAACAUUAUGUUAUGCAAUUCCUGCUGUAAUAUCGAAAGGGAUCACCAUAGUCGUAACCCCAUUAUUGGCUUUAAUGGAUGACCAAGUAAAGAGGUUAAAGCAAAAAAUGUCUGUUUGCUACAUUAACUCAAUGAUGCCAGAAGAUGAGAAAGAUAUUGUUCUUCACUGUCUUUCUCAAAAGGAUAUCCCCUAUGAUAUACUGUUCAUUACUCCUGAAGCAUUGCUUGCCCCUCAACUUCAAGCAAUUGUAAAGAGAAUGUCAGAGGCAGGAACAUUAUCAAGAAUUGUUGUGGAUGAAGCCCAUUGUGUGGACACAUGGGGGAAUGACUUCAGACCAAGUUAUUCAAACCUUUCUAUUUUUAAAGAACAUAAUGUUCAAAUAGUUGCAUUUACUGGAACUGCAACUGAA